AGACAAGACCAGACCAGACCAGACCCCGACCCAUCCACUCAGUCGUCCUGCCUGGAACCCUCUGAGUCUCCCGGACUGUUCGACCGCUGGCCAUCGGCUGGCUUGCGUUGCUGGCUUUGGUAUGUCUUCUUUGUGAUCGCUGUCGCUGGCCUUCUGCCCCUGUUGUCCUUUCGUCUGUCGUUGCGCCCGCCCGGAUGGCGAUGGCUUUUGCUCAGGCGCAACAUGCGCCCGUCGCGAUGACCUCCCCUCGCCCCCCCCAAACAAGUUCCUGUGCAUUGCUUUCCUGCCCCGAUCAUGUCAUGAUGCGAGCUUGUCGCGAUGGGAUCGCGUUCGAUGGAGCUCCCAACCUGGCUGACCUUGAUGCGCUGUCUCCCCAGGCCCUUCCAAUGAUGCUAUCGUAGCAUUCGCCUCGCCAUAUUUGUGCCCACCAACGUGUCUCCGUGUGAGCAGACACGCAUAACUAUCUCCUAGAAAGAAACAAUGUCAUCCGCGGACCUUCCCGCAGGGACUUCUUCGAAUCCGGAAUCCUCUUCGCAGGACCCCCAGCCGGAUGGAGUCCAGAAUGGCUCCAGCUCCGCCGUCGUAGACGCCAACGCAGAGAGCUCGAACCCGGCUGCGGACCAGGGUGCCAACGGGACCUCCCAGGACGCGAUCGUGGAAGGGAAACAGAACGCGAAGGCGGUUCUGGCAGCGUCAGGGGUCUCUGUCGGAGAGUCUCAAUCGGAUGAGAACCAGCGGUCCGCAUCUCCCCAGUCGAAUGGCGCGAAUGGCACGGCGUCGAGUAGGAAACGGUCGCGUUCCGGCUCUGCGGUGCAGUCCUCUUCGCCUACAGAAAGCUUACCAGUGCGCGUUCGUGAAACGCCAACAGACAAGAUCCUCCUGGAGCAGUAUGUCUACCGGGAGUUCCACCACUCCGCCCUGGAAGCGUGGCAUAAUCCCAGCCAAGAGAUUCUCCAGCAGAAACGGGCAGAGCGCGAUUAUUAUCUGGCGUUGCGGCGGGAUAACCAGACCAACCCUGCGGCUCUCUAUGGCGCUGGCUACGAAGGGUAUGGCAAUGCGCGGACGGAUCUGAGGAAUCAGCAUCCGCAAUUACUCUAUCCGUCCAACCGCCGUCGUCCGGGGGGCAGAAAGUCUAGAGAGUUACGGAUAUCCCGUAAGGACAUGAAGGUUCAGAACGAGCAGAUCGAAGACCUCGUCCCUAUUCGGUUGGAUAUCGACUGGGACAAGAUCAAGAUCCGAGAUACAUUUACUUGGAACCUGCAUGAUCGAGUGACGUCUCCCGAUCUCUUCGCAGAGAAGUUCGUUGAGGACCUAGGUCUCCCUCUUGAAACAUGCGUCCCGCUCGUACGCCAGAUAUCCCAGGCGAUCCAGGAGCAGAUUGUGGACUACUAUCCGCAAGUGUACGUCGAGGAUGAUCCCCUAGAUCCUCACCUACCGUAUUAUGCGUACAAAAACGACGAAAUGCGCAUUUUGAUAAAGCUGAAUAUAACCAUUGGACAGCAUACGUUGGUUGAUCAGUUCGAAUGGGAGAUGAACAAUCCCUACAACUCUCCCGAGGAGUUUGCGCUGCAGAUGACAAACGAUCUCUCUCUGUCGGGAGAGUUCACCACCGCCAUCGCUCAUUCCAUUCGCGAACAGGUGCAGCUAUUCACCAAGUCCCUCUACAUCCUUUCACAUCCCUUCGAUGGCCGUCCCAUCGAGGACCCCGACCUCAAAACCGCAUUCCUCCCGACACCCCUCUCCACGCCAUUCCGGCCAUUCCAGGCCGCCAAGGAAUUCACUCCUUAUCUGUACGAGCUCAAUGAAGCCGAGCUGGAGCGUACAGAGGUCUCCAUCUCCAGAGAGCAGCGACGGCAGAAACGGUCAGUUAACCGUCGUGGUGGACCGGCUCUGCCAGAUCUCAAGGACCGCCAGCGCACCAUUCGAACGAUGGUUGUGUCGUCUGUUAUACCAAACUCUGCUUCCUCAGUAGAGGAGAGCCACCUCUUCAAGCGGUCAGGUUCAGGUCGCAGUAGGCGCUCUGUGCCCGGCCAGCGCGAUGGAGGCGACGAGACGGACGAGUCUGACAGUGAGGAUUCCUCUGCGGGUUCUCCUGCCAUUGGCACCCAUCUCGCUCAAGGCACGGCUCGGACAAGAGGCAUGAGAGGUGCUGCUUCGGCUGCACAGGCGGCCCUUCGGUCCAACCUUGGCCAUUCUACGACGCCUGAACCGUCGUUGCACCACCACGAAACGAGAGUCUCUGCCCGAAGACGUGAUUACCGAGAAGAGAGCAUGGACGAGCCGGAUAAGCUCAUCGUCAAGCUCAAGAUCAACAGAGAGCGGUUGCGCCAAUUGCUUCGAGACAUGAAGAACAGGAAUAGACCCCAGUCAGCCUCUAGUGUCACUGGCCCUACGGCGGCUCCUCAGACGUCCCAGAACAGCACCCCAAGCGCUGCACCAGCAGGCUCAAUGCCGCCACCGCAAUCCCAGCUUCAGCAGCCCGGCGUAGCUAGACCAGCCAAUCUCAGUCCAGGCGCACAACAACAGGGCCCGGCUCAGCAGAUCGGUGCCAUCGAUGCUCCUCAUCCUCCACAGCCAGGCGUUCCGGGGCCUCCGCCGCCCACCUGGCUCAUGUCUGGUCUUGCUCAGCUCAACCGCAACUACCCGAACGACUCGUUUGAAGGCGUGAUGCGCUACUCUGCCGUCGAUACUGCCACCAUGCUGCCUGUCGCGAAUGCAAACGCUACGCAUCCGGGCCAGAAGUUGAAAUACCAGUACCUUCCACGUAUCCGAUGUCACGACUGUCCUGGAAAGCUGUACACACCUGGCCCCGGCACGACAGUCGAUAAUUUCGAAGUGCACCUGCGGAACCGACAGCACAAGGAGCGUGUUGAGGAGAGAUUGGCGAGAAUGGCAGGAUCGAACGCUUCUGCAUCGUAGCUGUACUCUACUAGGGCUGAGCUGGAGUAUUAAGGAGGGGGAGGGGGAUUACAUGGAUCUAGCAGGCGUGUUCUUACUUUUUUUUUUUUUGAACGUUUUCUUUUGUCGAAGGCAUCUAUCUGCCCGACAUGGUACAUAGGAUAUAGGAGCUGUGGGCUAUCAGUCCGUCGUUGUUUUUUUUUAAAGCAUCUCCCUAUUUUCCCUCAGGGCUGUCCUCAUGUAUUAGCUGAUCUACUCAAUUCUUGGUGGCGCAAGUUAAGUUCCAAUUGGGGAAUCUGAGUCUUUUGCCUCCCAUAUCUGCAUGGGAGAUUGAAAUCCAUGAAGAUGUUAUAUUGAGAUGAGAACGAGAACGAUUUGUUUUUGUUACACUUGAGUUGUAAGCCUUGUGGAUAACUAGUUCAAGGUAGUUAAUAUAGAGACAGAUGACUUAUAAUAAUAUAAUACAG